GCAAGCUUCAGGAGCCAGUUGAUUUGGUCACUCAUGGUUGCCCCGGCGAGGAGGGGAGAGGGGCUUCAAUUGGCACAACUGCGAGUGCGAGACACUUGCGGAGUACCCGGGACCUUGCAAGGAUUACCGGGUUUAGCUCCCCAAGAUCGCGCGUCAGGAGGCAGGACAGCUGUUCAUGGGGCCGUGCAACCCUGGCUAGUUUCGCCAAUCAAGGGAGCGAGCGGCACAUCUCGUCCACAAAGUGUGCUAAAUCUGGAUAGGUCAGUCGCACCGCGGCGCACUUUGCACUCCAAUCCUAGAGGCCCAAUGAUGAGGAUAUCAUUAGGACAGGGGCUGGCGGGUGUUCCUGCUUCUGAUGGUUUCACACCCACCGAAGGAAGGGAUUAUAAUAAGGCCGUCCGGGUGACGGUUGAGAAUGAAUCAGUGGCAGCGAACGCCAAGAAAGUCGAUCAGCACAGCUGGAGGGGCACGGAAUGCUCGCAGCUACGGAUCGGACUCCUGUGCGAUACAACAAACAAAUAAUUAAAAAUGGAGACCUCAAGGCUCUAGCCCGGCCGGCAAUCGGCCGGAAGAAAUUGUGCCCUUGGAAGCUCGACGCUCGCAGUCCACGUUCCGCUCCGAGAAAUUGGAUCUAUCAUCGCGAUCGGCCUUUGUGCUCGAUGAGAUAAGCUUACUAUACACCGUUGGCCUGCCAGUUUUGACACAUGCGACGGAGAGAAAGUCCGAUACAACUGGUUGGACUCAGAAAUUGGCUGCCUUCCCUUACUACAUGGCAUCUUGCUUACGGAUCGCAAACGCUCGAAGAACAUUUUUGCACACGGGUACACUGGGAAAUGAAAAGCCGUGAGCUCUCGGCCUUUCUCGGAAAAUAAAUGCGACCGUAGUGGGCUAGAUAAAUUUUCCUUGGAGAAUUGGAGUCUUCAGACUUCAGUGUCGUCAUCCUGGGGACAGGCGGAAGGGAAAAGAGGGUCAGCAAGGAGGAAUGAAG